UUGGAAAUUGAAAGAUAAGUAUGCAAACUUUACUUUUUAUUCCAUUCCUCGUGUGUAUAUAUAACAGACCAAGUUAGCUAAGCUUCCAACCAGAACCAAAAUCAUCAUAAUGAGUAGGAGAUAUGCAAGAUUGUGUGUUGGCCGUGGCGCGUUUUGUUUUCCGGUCCAUUCCCGGACUCUGGGAUCAAAAUCGAAACAGAAACCCGCCUCUAGAAGCAUCAGACGUCGUUCCUCCUCCUCUUCCAUCAAAACUGGCCAUUUGAAAACAGAUCAGUUUCUGAGUAAUAGCAGUGAUGACUUUGGUGCAGAAAUCAGAGUCAAAAAUGGGGAUGAGAUUGGGAACAAGAUAAUGGUAGUUGUGGAUUCGAGCCUCGAAGCCAAAGGAGCUCUUGAAUGGGCACUGUCCCACACUGUUCAAGCCCAAGACACCAUUGUGCUUCUUCAUGUAGCUCAGCCCUGCAAACAAGGUGAGACUCGACACACAUUGUCCAGGUUCUUAAUUUUCUUAUUAACUAACAUUGGUUUUGCUGGUGCAGAAUCAAAUGCGAAGAAGCUUAAUUUAAGAGCUUUUGAGCUUCUUCACUCUAUGAAAAAAGACUGUCAGAGGAGAAGGCCUGGGGUGGAAGUUGAGGUAGCAUUGCUUGAAGGGAAGGAAAGAGGUGCAAUAAUUGUGGAAGAAGCAAAGAAACAAAAGGUAUCUCUACUUGUUCUUGGCCAAAAAAGAGAGAGGUCAAUGUGGUGGAAGCUAAUCAACAAGUGCUGGACGAGUAGGAGAAGAACAUCCAGAAGCGGUGAGGUUGUGGAAUACUGCAUACAAAAUGCUGGAUGCAUGACGAUUGCGGUGAGGAGAAAGAGCAGAAGACUUGGAGGCUACUUGAUCACCACCAAGCUUCACAAGAAUUUCUGGCUUCUAGCUUAAGUUAAUUUAUGAUUACUCUUUUAGAAAUUGGAUGCGAGUGCUAUGCUUGUAAAACAAUGGAUGUCAAUGAAAGCCUUAGAGGCUUAGACUUUGAACUUCAUGCAGUGUGUGAUUUUCUAUGCAGCUUCUGACUUCCGAGUAUUGAACUGGUACAUUGCACAGAAUAAUAUAUGUACCUGAAAAUCAGUGUAUAACUAGGCAAUGCCAUAGUUGAAGAUUUGGAGAAUCAUCUAAAGCGUGUAAAGAUAAUGCAUUGUGAUUAGAAUAAUCACAGAGAUUAAGAAUCCAAUUGACUUUGUAUCGUGUGCUGGCGACAACCAUCAGUUGACACCAACUGCACAGCAUUAAGUCAAUCUCCUUCUAA